CGCGGUGUCAGAAGCCAGCACCGCCGCCACCACGACGUUGACCUGCCGCGCUCCCGCGCCGCAGUCGCGCAGGGCCCAGGCGGACCGCGCCGCAACCCGCGGUCCGCCCAGCCCGACGCCACAUCCGCCGACCCCUCUGCAUGGCGGCCGCGGGCACCUGCUUCCGUGCUGCGGGGCCGAUCGGAUAGCAGGCAUCAGCGCCGAAAUCACGGCGAUGAGGCGCGAAAAUGCCGCGAAGCUCAUGCUGGAGGAGGGGAAGAUCGAGGCACAGGCGGAGGCGUACGAGUCUUCAAAGCGCGCAACAGGGAAGAUGAAGGCGUCGGAGAAGACGGCGCAGGGAAAGAAGGAGCUCGCAAAGGCGGAGGGCACUGCCUCUUCGGCUUUCCAGGCGCGGAGGGCGCAGGAGCAGGAGAUGCUCCGCCUCGGCGUUGUGGAGAGGAUUGCCGACAAUCCGGACGUCAGGGUGGUCAGCUCCCUGGAGAACAACCUGGGCCUCGCGCCAGACAACUCGCUGGUGACGCAGAUCGCCCAGCAGGGCAUGGAGGCCAUCCGAACCAGGCUUGCAGAGUGGACCUCUGGCUCGGCCUCCAGGCUGAACAUGAGCUCUGUCGCCAUGGGCGGUGUUCACCGCCCAGUGCCACAGCAGCAGGUGAUGAAGUAGUCAUCCUCAGAGAGGUUGGUGGAGCUACGGGCGGGCAUGUAGAGCUAGGUUCCCAUCGGCCACCUCGCUGCAGUGGUCGUCCAGCCUUCCUUCUUCCAGCCCUUCUUGGUUCCGUUCACGGGCUCCUCCCUGCUGCACACAUGCCUGCCACAGUGCGUACACCCUAUUCGGUUCACAUGCCUGCACGACAUGCCGCAGCCCCAGCUCGAUGUAUAUUACAGCUGUCUUCUGUCAUGUUGUCGGUGAUGCCCGAAGUGGGAUGAACACCGAGCUUGGUCGAGACGCCUCAUGGUCCUGCUUCCCGUUCAUCCUCGCCCAAUGCUUCUUUCCCGCAGCGCAGAUGUUUAAUCUCCCACGGCUAAGUCCGCGGUCGACAGGAAGCGCGUGACCUCAAGUGGGUUCCGCUCAUACCGGUCAGCACCCUUGUCGCGCCACGUUGCCUUCCUCAUCCCCA